UACUAAUGCACGGAAUUUAAGUAAAUAAAGAUACUACUUCUUCGUGGAGAAAAUAUUAUUCAACAGAACGAAGGGAUGGAGUUCCCUGUGGACGGCCUGGCCAGCGUGACCCAAGAGGUCCUGGAGAGAUCAGCCCAGGACUACAUGAACAGCAUCCUCCACAACAAUCCAGACUCACCCGAACACCUCACCCUCGCCAACAACAUACAGGUGCCCAUUGGUCUUUCCAAUGUGGGUUUCGUCCCUCUGUAUGGAGGCUACCUGAGACAGAAGGUCCUUGCCCUGUUCUCCCCACAGGACCAGUUUACAGCGGUGGGGCUGUACCUGUUGGAUCGAUGGUGGUCACUGGAGGACAUCCUAAAAACAGCAGACCCUGCCAGAGAUGGAUGUGUGGAGGUGGAGACUCUAGGGGAGAGGAUAGUUCUGUACAUUUUGAACCGUGUGGUGUACAGAGCCAUGGAAAUGAGUUCAGACGAACUACCUUUCCUCUGCCACGGGGAGAGCGACAACGCCAAGAUCCUCUGGAAAGACGGACAGGCAGUCGGCUUCUACUCAGUCAAACCUUCAGGCAGCUUGUGCAGUACCUUCUUAACACAGUGCUAUCAGCUUCCUAUCAUGGACUCCAUAUUCGUCAGGAAGUGUCACCGCGGCAAUGGCCUGGGCCUUCAAAUGCUGGAGAACUUUGUUGACUGUUUCAAAGAGGACUGCCUUGGGUUGAGAUACCCCCUUUCAAAAGCUAUGUACAAAGUGUGUGGGAAGUACCUGAGCCUGUACCCGGCCGACAGAGACCUGCUGUGGGAGGUGGAGAGUGUUGGAGGACCCAGCCAGAGGACUAACAUAGCCAACAAGAUCCAGGCUAUGGGCCUGAGUGCCUUAUCCAAGUACCUCUCCUUUACGGAGCACUCUGUGUUGAACCCUGUGGUGGCUGAAAAUGAGGGGGUCAUGGAGGAAGUGACAUCACGCAUACAGGAACAGGAAGCCAUGGAGUACACCGUUGAAAUUGUGGAGGAAGUUACACUGGUCAAAGUGACAAAAGGCAAGUAUUGGUUGUUUCAUGUGCUGGAUCUUGGUAAUAACUUCUAA